CAGAUCCUGAGCAUUACUUGCGAUAAUGUGUCCAAUAAUGAUGCCAUGAUUCAUGAACUAAGCGGUAAGGUACUGGAAUUCGGCAGACCAACCACUCACACUAGGUGUUUCCUUCACACUGUGAACCUGGUGGCCAAAUCAUUGAUCUGGGAAUUCAAC